GUCGGGGGGUCCUGACUCCUUUCCUGGUCUUUGCAGAAGAACUUCGAGGAGCCCAUCGCCCUCCAGGAGAUGGACACUAGCAACGGGGUACUCCUCCCCUUUUACGACCCUGAUUCCAGCAUAGUCUACCUCUGUGGAAAGUCGGACCUCUUCCAGGAUGACCUGUACCCAGACACCCCGGGUCCCGAGCCGGCCCUGGAGGCGGACGAAUGGCUGGCGGGGAAAGACGCAGAGCCCCUCCUGGUCUCCCUGCGGGACGGUUACGUCCCCCUCAAGAACCGCGAGCUCAAAGUCAGUAAGAAGAACAUCCUGGACAGCAAGCCCCCGGCCGGCACGCGCAGGACCCUCUCCAGCUGCGACUCCAAUUUUUCUACCUCCACCCUUGAAGACCUCUUGCAAGAAAUCCGCACUCUGCGCCAGACCCUCCAAGACCACGAAAAGCGCAUCACCGACCUGGAAAACACCCUCUGCGAACUCGCAGAUGUGACGGACUAG